AUGUUAAGACCAACCUAUAAAUCUCUAGUGAAAACAUCAUUUCUUCACCGAAGGUUAAUAUCGUCAAAGGGCUCCAAGCUGUUUAAACCUUCGCCAGAUUCAACAAAUACAAUACUAAUACCUGAAGACCCCCUGGUAGCAGCCUCAUCGUCUAACUCAUCUGCACCGUCAGGUAUAAUAAAUAGCAAUGAUUUUCCUUUGUUUAAUACAAACAGGAAGGAUGUCAGUAGCAGUGUAUCUUACCAAUGGAAAAACUCCUCCAACCUAGAGUUUGAUCCUUUUAACAAAUCACAUGCCUCGGCAAUAACCUCGAUGACAAGAACUAGAGAUGUGAUGCAAUUAUGGUCACUGUUAGAAGCGUGCUUGCAAUCGAAUUUGAUGAAAAGAGCAUUUUCUAUACUAGAAUCACUAUACUUGAUACCUGAACAUAAACAGAGGUUUAUUGAGGAUUACAACAUGUACUUGAACGCAUUUUCCAAAAACAAUUCUAAGUUUCCUAUUUUGAAAAUGAACGAAAAAUUAACAAACGACUUGGAGAUAAGUUUCAAAGACGUUAAUUAUAAUGACAAAACUCUAGCAAUAAUGAUACAUCACGCUUUAAAUUUUCACUCAACAACAAGUUCGAUACUUCUGAGACCCACAAUUUCUGCUUAUUUGAAAAUGAGCGUGAAUGGCAUUAGGGAAAUUUUAUCGUACCUAGAUAUUUUAACCAUUUCAGAUUUGAAUAUCUUGGUGAAUGAUUUAAAGGUUAUUUCACCAUCUCAGCUACCAAAUUCUGUAAGACCAAUAUUAGAGUCACUUGAACCAUCUUCUACACCUGUAAAUAUUAUUGAAAAUGAAGACGGUACAAAAAGUGCGGAAACUUACAACAAUUCAAAGAUAGAUAAAACAUUAAACACAAGCUUUAGUUCUACGAAGAAACCUUCUUUAGAACCUCUUCGGGAAAUAUCUUUACAUGACUCAACAGGAGUUUUACCAAAAGAUGCUGAGAAGCUAAUAGCUGUGGAUACUAUUGGGAUGAGGGUUAUUAGACAUACUUUGUUGGGGUUAUCAUUGACUUCAGAGCAAAGAGAGCAAGUGUCUAGAUUCAAAUUCGAUGCCAAUGAUAACGUUUUAAAUAUGAAGCCGGCAAAAGAUGGUGAUGACAGUGAUAAUACUAUAAAUUUCUAUGAAAUUUACAAUUCAUUGCCAACAGCAGAAGAAAAAAAAGCAUUUGAAAGUGCGUUGAAUUUAUUUAAUCAAGAUAGGCAAAAGGUGCUAGAAAACCGCGCAACAGAAGCUGCAAGAGAACGAUGGAAGCACGACUUUGAAGAGGCAAAAGCUAGAGGUGAUAUUUCAAUUGAAAAAAACUUAAAUGCAAAAUUGUGGGAAUGGUACAAUGAUAUGUUGCCUUUAGUGAAAGAAGAAAUUAGUCACUGUAAAUCAUUGUUAUCAGAAAAGCCAUCCGAUAGAAAAAGCUCAAACAAAGUGGAAACAAACCGCCUUGGCUACGGCCCAUAUCUUACCUUGAUCGACCCAGGUAAAAUGUGUGUCAUCACCAUUCUGGAAUUAUUAAAGUUAAACUCCACAGGUGGUGUUAUCGAAGGGAUGAGAACCGCAAGAGCAGUUAUAUCGGUAGGCAAAGCUAUCGAAAUGGAGUUCAGAUCUGAGCAAGUUUUGAAAAGUGAAUCUCAAACAUUUAGAGAUGUAAACAGAAAAUCCCCUGAAUUCAAAAAACUGGUACAGAACGCCAAAUCUGUAUUUAGAUCAUCACAAAUUGAACAAUCGAAAAUUUUGUGGCCCCAGAACAUUAGGGCUAAAAUCGGCUCCGUGUUAAUUUCAAUGUUGAUUCAUGUUGCAAAGGUUUCUGUCCAAGGUGUUGAUCCCAUAACAAAAGCCAAAGUUCAUGGUGAAGCUCCGGCUUUUGCCCAUGGUUAUCAAUACCACAAUGGUUCUAAAUUAGGUGUUUUGAAGAUUCACAAGACUUUGAUUCAUCAAUUAAACGGUGAGAGAUUAAUUGCAUCCGUUCAACCGCAAUUACUUCCAAUGCUGGUAGAACCAAAACCGUGGGUUAAUUGGAGAUCGGGUGGGUAUCAUUACACGCAAUCCACUCUUCUAAGAACAAAAGACUCACCUGAACAAGUCGCAUAUUUGAAGGCUGCCUCGGAUAAUGGUGACAUAAAACGUGUUUAUGAUGGUUUGAAUGUGUUGGGAAAUACGCCGUGGACUGUGAAUAGAAAAGUAUUUGAUGUGGUUUCACAAGUAUGGAACAAAGGUGAAGGAUUCUUGGAUAUCCCAGGCGCUCAAGACGAAAUGAUUUUACCACCAGCUCCUCCGAAGAGCUCCGAUCCCUCCAUAUUAAGAGCUUGGAAGCUACAAGUUAAAACAAUUGCCAAUAAAUUCUCGUCUGAUAGAUCAAAUAGAUGCGACACAAAUUACAAGUUGGAAAUUGCAAGGGCAUUUUUGGGUGAAAAGUUGUAUUUUCCACAUAACUUAGAUUUUAGGGGACGUGCUUACCCAUUGUCCCCACAUUUCAAUCAUCUUGGUAAUGAUAUGAGUCGUGGUCUUUUGGUCUUUUGGCAUGGCAAAAAGUUAGGGCCUUCUGGUCUGAAGUGGUUAAAGAUUCAUUUAUCGAAUCUCUUCGGAUUUGAUAAAUUGCGUUUAGAGGAUCGUAUUACGUUUACAGAAUCACAUUUGAAGGACAUUAAAGAUUCUGCGGAAAACCCUUUAACCGGAGAUCGCUGGUGGACCACUGCUGACAAGCCAUGGCAAGCAUUGGCUACGUGUUUCGAGCUGAAUGAGGUCAUGAAAAUGGAUAACCCGGAAGAAUUCAUUUCUCAUCAACCUGUUCAUCAGGACGGUACAUGUAAUGGUUUGCAACACUACGCUGCCUUAGGUGGUGAUGUUGAAGGUGCAACUCAAGUGAAUUUAGUUCCAAGCGAUAAGCCCCAAGAUGUUUAUGCUCAUGUUGCAAAGUUAGUGCAAAAGAGGUUAGAGGUUGCAGCAGAAAAAGGUGAUGAAAAUGCCGAAAUUUUAAAGGAUAAGAUAACAAGAAAAGUUGUUAAACAAACUGUCAUGACAAAUGUUUAUGGUGUUACUUAUGUCGGUGCCACUUUUCAAAUAGCCAAGCAAUUGAGCCCGAUUUUCGAUGACCGAAAAGAGAGUUUAGACUUUUCUAAAUACUUAACUAAGCAUGUAUUUGGUGCUAUACGUGAGCUAUUCCAUAGUGCACAUUUGAUUCAGGAUUGGUUAGGUGAAAGUGCGAAAAGAAUAUCCAAAUCAAUUAGACUAGAUGUUGAUGAAAAAUCUUUCAAGAAUGGUAAUAAGCCAGACUUCAUGUCAUCCGUCAUAUGGACGACCCCACUAGGCUUGCCUAUCGUUCAACCUUAUCGUGAAGAAAGCAAAAGGCAAGUUGAGACAAAUUUGCAAACGGUUUUCAUCAGUGAUCCAUUUGCUGUUAAUCCUGUCAAUGCAAGAAGACAGAAAGCAGGUCUUCCACCAAACUUCAUUCAUUCACUGGAUGCUUCGCAUAUGUUGUUAAGCGCAGCAGAAUGUGGGAAGCAGGGUUUGGAUUUUGCCUCUGUUCAUGAUUCCUAUUGGACACAUGCAUCUGAUAUUGACACUAUGAAUGUGGUAUUAAGAGAACAGUUUAUCAAAUUACACGAGGUAGAUCUAGUUUUGAGAUUAAAAGAGGAAUUUGGUCAAAGAUAUAAAAAUUACGUCAAAAUUGGAAAAUUGAAGAGAUCAACGGAUUUAGCUCAAAGGAUUAUUAGAAUCCGUAAGGAUUUAUCUAAAAAGCUGGGAAGAAGCACUACAUUAGCAGAUGAAAUAUACUUCGAGAAGAAAAGGCAGGAGUUAUUGAACAGCCCUCUACUAGACGAUAGAAACGUCGGCGAAAAGAUGGUUACAACUGUAUCAUUGUUUGAAGACGUCACAGAUUUUGACGGGCUUGAAUUAGAAAAUGGUGGAGAUGACAAUAGUGGUAUGAGUGUUCUUUUACCAUUGAGAUUACCUGAGAUUCCCCCAAAAGGUGAUUUUGAUGUGAAAGUAUUAAGAGGUAGUCAAUAUUUCUUCUCAUGA